CUUUGUCGCAAGGCAGAAGCAUCCCCUCCCAUCCUCACCGACAAUCCGGUCUCUGUCUCCCUGUAUUUAUUUUCCAUUUGACCUUUGACGAUAUAACAAAACAGAGCCCACGAUGGCCCCUCCGGCCAAUCUACUUACCAAGCUCAAAGUCCAGCUCAAGCUGGCCAUCGCGAGAUUGCGCAUGGUGCAGCAGCGCGACGAAGCCAUGAGCAAGACGCAACGGCGCGCCAUGGCCCAGCUCCUCGAAGUCGGCAAGGUCGAAAGCGCCCGCAUCCGCGUCGAGAACAUCAUCCGCUCCGACAUCACCUCCGAGCUGUACGAGAUCCUCGAGCUCUACUGCGAGCUGCUCAUCGCCCGCGCCGGGCUCCUCGAGGGCCCCACGUGCGACCCGGGCCUGGAGGAGGCCGUCAAGACCAUCAUCUACGCCGCGCCCAAGACGGAGAUCAAGGAGCUGCAGGUCGUGCGCGCGCUGCUGGCCGAGAAGUACGGCAAGGAGUUUGUCCUGGCCGCCAUGGAGAACGCGGACGGGAAGGUCUCAGAGAAGGUCGGCAGGAAGCUGUGCGUCACCCCGCCGAGGGAGGAGCUGGUUGUCGGAUACCUGGAGGAGAUUGCCCGGGCUUAUAACGUCGACUGGCCGAAGCGGAGACAGCUGGGGGAUCCGCCGGGUCUCAUUGACGGUGGUGACGAGGAUCAAGGCGCGGAAAAGGGGGUAGGCGAUGGCGAUGGCGGUGACGGUGACGGUGACGGUGACGGCGGUGGUCAGAAGGCGCUGGAGCAACCAAUCCCUGCGGAUCCCAGGGUAGAAAAGGCGGAGAAAGAGCAGGAAGAGCUCAGCAGAGCCACACCCCCUCGGACCAUCGGGACGCCGAGCAGCCCCUUGACGGUAAACCCACCCAAGAUGACGACCGACAAUGUCCACCCAAGCGUCAAGCUCAAUUCUCUGGAUUUGAAGCCCGCCAAGAAAGCGGUAGAGACUCGGAAAUCACCUGAUGGGGACGGUCCUGGGGGUAAAGUUCCCGACCUUGCGGACCUCGAAAGGAGAUUUGCAGCCUUGAAGAGAUGAUUGCCUUCUUGUUUCUUUUUGUCCAGUUGAAAGCACGGGAAUCCCUAGUUCACAGAAGCGCUACUUGUUUGGCGAUAGCAUGUUAUUUCUGGUGUCCCAAGCGACCAGCUUCCACUCACUCCUCCUUCUAGUCAUUCAGUCAUUGCCCUAAAGUCUGCGAUCACAGGUCAUGUGGCCGUUGAAAGGCGCUUGCUUAUAAGAUACCUACCCAUAGCUCGCACUCUCUAC